AUGGCGCCCAACAUCAUCACCGAGGUAGACUCGCAGCUUGCGUCCUUGAACGCGAUGAAGGCUCCGGGAGCGAGCAAGACCAAGAUCCUCGCCAUCACCGCGCUAUGCGUGAACAACAUCCAGGCCGAGUCGGAACUCGUACAAUCACUCUACCGAGCCGUCAAGAAGGCCCUUCCCACCCACAAGCUCGGCGCCAUCUACGUGAUCGACAGCGUGGUGCGGAAGUGGAUUGAGCAGGCGAAACAGAACGGACAAGACCUGCACAUUGAAGGCCGCGGCGAGCCCGGUACAUACCCAGCUGCCGUCAAGCGAGUGACGGAGCUCAUGCCUGCGCUGUUCGAGGACACUUUCAAGAACAUGCCUGCUGAGCAGAGAGAAAAGUUAGGAAGCAUGGUCAGGAUCUGGGAGAAGGGCAGCACCUUUCCAGCGAAGAUGUUGGCAGACUUUCAGACGAGACUGGCUGGCGAGGCUGCGAAGCCAAAUGGGACACAGUUCACCCAGAACUUCGCGGGCAGCGGCCAGACGAUCACCGCGCCCCUACCCACCAGGCCACUUUCCACUCCAGUGGGAUAUCCACCACCACACCUAUACGAACAGGGUUUCAUCAAGCAGAUGAACGGAGCGCCUGCAAUGAAUAGCCAGCCGCAACCCCAACCGACUCCGCAACAACAGCCACAAGCGCAACAGCCGACUCAGAACGUGAGUAGUAUCUUGGCUGCGCUGGCCAACAUUCCCAAGCCGGCGCCGCAACCACAACCUCAGCAGCAACAGGCGCCUCAACAUGCUCCCGCGCCGCAGCAAAGCGCUCCAGGCCAAGUACCACAAAACCUAGCAGCUCUGUUCGGACAAGUCAACAUGAGUGGUACUCCCAGCCUACCUCCCUUCCCACCGCAGCAACAGCAGCCUUCGUACGCCACCCCACAACCUGGACAGCCGUUCCAGCUACCACCAGGAUUCUCAGGCUUCCCACCUCAACCACCACCAUCUAUCCCACAACACUACGCACAGGCUCCGCCUCCACAGCAGCCCCCACCGCAACAGGCAGAUCCACUGGCACCGGUCCGCGGCUUCCUUCCGCAGAACAUUAUCAAUGACCCGCAAAAGCUCCAGCAAGCCCUGAAGUUAUUGCUGGACCUGCAACAGCAAGGUAUUCCGAUGGAUCAGUGGGGCCCGGUCAUAGAGGCGUUCGCCAGUCAGCAUCAGGCACCCACCCAAGGUGGCUACGAUACAUACGCACGAGGCCGAAGCCGCAGCCCGGAGAGAGGUGGCGGUCGCAGGCGAGGCAGCCCGGUGUAUGGCGCCUACGGCGCGAACGGACGCAACCAGGACGGAGGUCGCGAUCGCUACCGGCAGCGCUCACCCAUGCGCAACAGUCCCAUGCCAGGGCAGGGCGGCAGUAGGGCGAUGAACGGCAUGCCCAUGCAGCCAAAGUUCAUUAGAAUUGACAGCAGCAUGCCGCCGAACCACAUCAAGGUCCUCUCCCGCACGCUCUUCGUCGGUGGCGCCAACGGAUCGCAACAGGAAAUAAACGACCUCUUCGAGCGCUUUGGCACAGUGCAGACCUGCAUCGCUAACCGGGACAAGCGCCACGCUUUCGUCAAGAUGACCACCCGCGAGCACGCUCUCAACGCCAAGGAGAACCUGGAGCGCCUACAAAGCAGCAACGACCGCGAGGUGAUGAGCAUCGCCCGUCAGACCAAAUGGGGCGUCGGUUUCGGUCCCCGCGAGUGCUGCAACUACCAAAAAGGUGAGAGCGUCAUCCCGAUCGAGAAACUCACCGACGCGGACAACAAAUGGCUCCUCACCGCCGAGUACGGUGGCACCGGCGGCCAGCCCGUCGAAGGCGGCAUGGUGCUCGAGGAACCGGAUAUCGAGAUCGGCGCCGGCGUCAGCAGCAAGGCGAUGUCGAAGCGCGUCCUGCCGGAUGCCGGUCCACCGCAUAAACGCCAGCGCAACGAUGAUGCUGGGCCAAGGAAUGCUGGGGGUAGGGACAGGAGAGCGCCGCCGGGUUAUGGUCAGGGGGGUUAUGGGUAUGGAGCCCAGCAGCAACAACAACAGCAGCAGCAGCCGAUGCAGAUGGAGGCGUAUGGGUACGCGAGGCCGGAGCCCGUGGCUGUGGCGACACCGCCUGCGGUGCCCGGGUUCGGGUUCUCGCUGCCGGGUGCUGGGGGGCACGGGGGGUAUCGAUAG